UUUCCACACUAAUCUAAUCUAUUGCACAUAUUUGCGCAACAUUUUGUGAACGCAGCCGUAACAGAUUGCUUAUGGUUCAGUUCUCUUCUCUUUGACACAGUGGACGCCUUUCCUUUUCCGGUUCUGCAUCAAAGCUGAAACCAUGCCGCUCGCAGUGGAUUUAUUGCACCCUUCCCCCGCGUCGGAGAGGAGGAAACAUAAGUUGAAGAGGCUGGUGCCACAUCCCAACUCAUACUUCAUGGAUGUGAAAUGCCCAGGCUGUUACAAGAUUACAACGGUAUUCAGUCAUGCACAGAGGGUGGUGGUGUGCGCAGGAUGCUCAACCAUCCUCUGCCAGCCCACUGGAGGUCGUGCUAGAUUAACUGAAGGAUGUUCGUUUAGAAGAAAACAACAUUGAAAAAAUUCCCAGAGAGAGCCGUAAUUUAAGAUUUGCAUUUUAAUUUCCAGUUGGAUGAAGGCGUUAUUAUUUACCAAUUCAUUUCAUGUUUAUGGAUUUGUUUAAGCAUUACAAAUAAAGGCUUUUUCAAAGGGA